GAUCUGUGCCUUCUCAAGCUGACUUCCUGCACUCGCGCGCAUAUCAUCAGGUGGCCAUUGUGCUGCUCAAAUCCUGCUCAAACUGACCCCAGAGCAGCAGGUCCCGGCAACGCUGUUAUCUCCAAGCCCUUCCUCCUCAUCCAGCUCUUAGCAUCGUCAAUAUCGUCCUGCUUUCUCUCGUGCGACCCCUCCCCCAAAUGUGGUCUCUCCUCAUGAAUCUCUUCGCGUGCGUUUGAUUGACAGUUAAAAGAUAGGAAACUGGUUCCACAACGUCACGCCAACUGCAUCCUGUAGUUUGUAUUUGCUUUGUUUUUAAAACAAAUUUUGUCGAGUCGUUUUACGGCAGUCCCCCCCCCGCCCCCCUUCUCCUCCUAUCUGAGAAAGAAGCAACAUUUUUCGUCUCCCCUGGGGAUUCGCCCCCACCUCUCCUUUUCCUUCUCUGAAGCUGUGAAGCGUCCUCCUCUUGAGGUAGUGGAGUUGUAGCCUAGCAGGUGUCGCCUCCGUCCAAGACUCAGCAGCAUGUUAGAUCCGUCUUCCAGCGAGGAGGAAGGGGAUGAGAUCCUGGAGGUACACCGCAAGGAGGUGGCGGCUCCGAAAAGCCUCAAAGGAGCGCGGCCCUCACCGAGCCGAGACACCGACGGCCACAGCGGCGCGGGUGGGCUGCAGCCGCGGGGCCGAGCGGGCAGUGGCGGGCGAGCCUCAAGCCCCAGCCCGUCGGUCGGAAGCGACAAGGAGAAGGAGGAUAUUGAGAAGAUGCAGAGGGAGGAAGAGGAGAGAAAAAAGAGACUCCAGCUCUACGUGUUUGUUAUGCGCUGCAUCGCAUAUCCGUUUAACGCGAAACAACCCACUGACAUGGCCAGAAGGCAGCAGAAGAUCAAUAAGCAACAGCUGCAAACAGUCAAAGAGCGUUUUCAGGCAUUCCUCAACGGAGAAACACAGAUUGUAGCUGACGAGGCCUUCAUCAAUGCUGUCCAGAGCUACUACGAGGUGUUCCUGAAAAGUGAUCGAGUGUCUCGGAUGGUACAGAGCGGCGGCUGCUCAGCCAGUGACUCGCGCGAAGUUUUUAAAAAGCACAUUGAGAAGCGUGUGCGCAGCUUGCCAGAAAUCGACGGCUUGAGUAAAGAGACUGUUCUCAGCUCGUGGAUAGCUAAGUUUGACACAAUUUACCGAGGCGAGGAGGACCCAAGGAAACACCAACAGAGAAUGACUACCAGCGCUGCCUCUGAACUGAUUCUCAGCAAAGACCAGCUCUAUGAGAUGUUUCAACAGAUUCUUGGUAUCAAGAAGUUUGAGCACCAGCUUCUAUAUAAUGCCUGUCAGCUGGACAACCCAGAUGAGCAGGCAGCACAGAUCAGAAGAGAGCUGGAUGGACGGUUACAAAUGGCAGAUCAGAUAACCCGUCCCUUGCGAUCAACUUGGGACGAGUCCAUGGACUACCAGCUUGGCGGAAGAUUCCCUCGGUUUGCCUCGAGGGAGAUGGAGACCAUGUUCAUCGAAGAGCUCCGGUCCUCAGUCAACCUGCUGAUGGCUAACCUGGAGAGCAUGCCAGUGUCGAAAGGUGGAGAAUUUAAGCUUCAGAAACUGAAACGAGGUCACAACACAUCAAUCAUGGACAUGGGACAAGAGGAUGAGAACACCCUUUCCAAAUCUGAUGUGGUGCUUUCGUUUACCUUGGAGGUGGUUAUCAUGGAGGUGCAGGGUCUUAAGUCUUUGGCUCCAAACAGAAUUGUGUACUGCACCAUGGAGGUAGAGGGUGGCCACAAACUUCAGACAGACCAGGCUGAGGCAUCUAAACCCACUUGGGGAACCCAGGGAGAUUUCACAACGAGCCAGCCCUUACCUGCUGUCAAAGUGAAGCUCUUCACCGAAAGCACCGGGGUGUUGGCCCUGGAGGAUAAGGAGCUUGGAAGGGUUGUACUCCAUCCAACUCCGAACAGUCCCAAGCAGUCUGAGAUGCACAAAAUGUCCAUUUCUAAAGGCUGCUCAGACAGUGACCUGAAGAUUAGAUUGGCCAUCCGCAUGGAUAAACCCCAGAACAUGAAGCAUUGUGGGUACCUAUGGGCCAUUGGCAAAAAUGUAUGGAAAAGAUGGAAGAAACGAUUCUUUGUUCUAGUUCAGGUGAGUCAGUACACAUUUGCGAUGUGCAGCUACCGAGAAAAAAAGGCAGAGCCAGUGGAGCUGCUCCAGCUGGAUGGCUACACUGUGGACUACACAGAUCCCCAGCCAGGCCUGGAUGGUGGUCGGACAUUCUUUAAUGCCGUGAAAGAGGGUGACACUGUAAUAUUUGCCAGUGAUGAUGAGCAGGACCGGAUACUCUGGGUGCAGGCCAUGUACCGGGCCACUGGCCAAUCCCACAAGCCAGUUCCUCCUACCCAAGUCCAGAAACUAAACUCUCGAGGGUGCGCAGCGCCACAACUUGAUGCACCGAUAUCUCAGUUCUAUGCGGAUCGAGCCCAGAAGCAUGGCAUGGAUGAGUUUAUUUCAGCCAAUCCCUGUAAUUUUGAUCACGCCUCACUCUUUGAACUGGUCCAGCGCCUCACUUUGGAUCACAGACUCAAUGACUCUUACUCCUGUCUUGGCUGGUUUAGUCCUGGCCAGGUAUUUGUCUUGGACGAAUACUGCGCUCGCUAUGGGGUACGAGGCUGUCAUCGCCACUUGUGUUACCUGGGUGACCUACUGGACAGGGCGGAGAAUGGAGCCAUGAUUGACCCAACCCUUCUACACUACAGCUUUGCCUUCUGCGCUUCUCACGUCCAUGGAAAUAGUCAGCGUGUGUCAGAGCUGUUAAACUGGCCAGUAUCAGAGGCCGAACUGCAGCAAGCACUUUUCCCCUCUUCUCCUGAGCCCUCUCCCCAAAGCAUUAGGAAAGAACUCAAAAUCAUUGAGUUUGUGAAGAAAAGGGAUUUCAGGUCCCCACUUUUCUCCGGACAAAAAAGACCGGACGGUAUUGGUACUGUCACAGUGGAGGAAAAGGAGCGUUUUGAGGAGAUCAGAGAAAGACUUCGAGUGCUAUUGGAAAACCAGAUUACACAUUUCAGGUAUUGCUUUCCAUUUGGACGACCAGAGGGUGCAUUGAAAGCAACUCUAUCAUUGCUUGAAAGGGUUUUGAUGAAAGAUGUUGUCACCCCGGUUCCACAAGAAGAAGUCAAAGCUGUUAUUCGUAAGUGUCUGGAGCAAGCAGCUCUGGUCAAUUACCAGCGCCUGUCGGAGUACGCCAAACUGGAAGGGAAAAAGAGAGAGAUGUAUGAGCAUCCUGUCUUCUGCUUGGCGUCUCAAGUGAUGGAUUUAACCAUUCUGGACAAAUGUCAGGAAAAAAUGGAGGAUUCAGAGAAUGUUGGUCGGUUAGUCACUCCCGCAAAAAAACUGGAAGACACCAUUCGCUUGGCUGAGCUCGUAAUUGAGGUGCUGCAGCAGAAUGAGGAACACCAUGCUGAGGCCUUUGCCUGGUGGUCAGACCUGAUGGUGGAGCACGCUGAGACCUUCCUGUGUCUCUACUCGACUGACAUGGAUGCAGCUCUUGAGGUGCAGCCGCCUGACAGCUGGGACAGUUUCCCCCUCUUUCAGCUACUCAACGACUUCCUGAGGAUUGACUAUAACCUUUGCAAUGGGCGGUUCCACAAACACCUGCAAGACCUUUAUGCCCCCCUGGUGGUGCGUUACGUGGACCUGAUGGAGUCGUCCAUUGCUCAGUCCAUUCACAGAGGCUUUGAAAGGGAAUCUUGGGAACCUGUCAAAAGUAUAGCUAGCACUCUGCCAAAUGUCAAUCUUCAAAUGCCCAAAGUACCAAAUAUAUCGGUGCCAAGUGUUAACCUUGCACAAAUGCCCAGCUUUUCUCCACCCAACUGGAUGACUUCAAAUGAUGACUGCAACAAUGGCUCAGGGACAUCAGAGGAUCUCUUUUGGAAGUUGGAUGCUCUUCAGACCUUCAUCCGAGAUCUGCACUGGCCAGAGGAAGAGUUUGGCAAACACCUCGAAACAAGACUGAAACUCAUGUCAAGUGAUAUGAUUGAAUCCUGCAUCAAAAGAACACGUGCAGCGUUCGAGGCCAAGCUUCAGAGGAGCAGCCGGGCUACAGACUUCCGAGUGCCGCAGUCAAUCUGCACCAUGUUUAAUGUCAUGGUGGAUGCCAAGGCUCAGUCUGCCAAGCUGUGUGCGAUGGACCUGGAUCAAGAGUUUGUUCGAGAAUGGAGACAAUACCAUUCCCAAAUUGACAAUCUCAUCGAGGAAACGGUGAAGGAGAUGACAACCCUGCUGGUAGCAAAGUUUGUGGUUAUCCUCGAAAGUGUCUUGGCAAAACUCUCGAGAUAUGAUGAAGGAACGCUCUUCUCCUCUUUCCUUUCCUUCACAGUAAAAGCUGCUUCAAAAUACGUGGACGUACCUAAGCCAGGAAUGGAUGUGGCUGAUGGUUAUGUGACUUUUGUUCGACACUCCCAGGACAUGUUGCGAGAGAAAGUGAAUGAGGAAAUGUACAUCGAAAGAUUGUUUGAUCAAUGGUAUACCAGCACAAUGAACCUCAUCGGAACAUGGCUGACGGACCGCAUGGACCUGCAACUGCAUGUCUAUCAGUUGAAGAUUCUCAUCAGAAUUGUUAAGAAAAAGUACCGUGACUUCCGCCUUCAAGGGGUUCUGGACUCCACAUUAAAUAGUAAGAUGUAUGAGACUGUUCGAAAUCGUCUGACCUUAGAAGAAGCCACCGCGUCAGUGAGGGAAGGAGGGAUGCAAGGCAUUUCGAUGAAGGACAGUGACGAAGAGACCAGCGAUAACUAAAUCGAGAUGGCAAAAAAAAUGUCACAGCAGGUUCAGCAAUAUGCUGCCUAAAAACACACACAGCCUUCCUACGGUCAAAAGCGACUGGCCCAAUGAUUAACAUCACUUGCUGUUUGUGGUUUUUGUUCUUUGUUCAUGUAAGAGUUUAUUGUUUAAGUCAGAAUUGAUACAAAUGAAAUGCACCGUGUGUCAAAUAUUUGCGAGAUGUAGGCCAAUUAUUCAAGUCCUUGCCUAGGCUUAAUAUUGAAUUCACCUCAAGAUAAUAUUAAUACAGCAGUGAAGAAAAAAUAUUAGUCAAACAUAAAUGUCAGCAGCAAAAGGCCGACUGGCAAAGACUCUGUUGUAUUCAAGUGUAUUGAAGUAUUGUGUCAGUGUCAAAAAUCCAAACUGUUAUUAAAUUGUCACUGAUUAAUAUUGUUCUCGCUUCACUGAUAAUGGCACUGGUAAAAAUGGGUACUCAUAGUAAUUUAACAUCAAAUCUGCAGAACGUAUUUGAAUUUCUUUUUUAGUUAUUGUUUUCUCUACUUACUUACUAACUUCCAAAUGUUCUCAUGCAAUAUGUUAUGACUUUUUUCCCCCAAUACUGGAGACUAAGCAGUGAAGGCAGCUACUGCAUGUUAUUUUCCUUAGGGAGGAAGUGAGAAUUAUGUCCCUUGUCUUUUUAUUCUUACAAAUCCACAGACUUUAUCAGCACAAAAGAACAGUGUAUGAUGUAUUUCGUGUUGUUGGCCAUUUUAUCACAACAUACCAAAAUGUCUUCACUCCUGACACAAGCCUCACUCACUUCCUGUAUGUCGUCUCUUAAGCUUCCUCUUCAAUCAGCCAGCAAGCAGCCUGGCACUAAAGUUCCAGAUUGUACCACAUUGGCCGCGACAAAUUUAUGGUACUGUACAUGAGACUGUUCUCUACAUGAACUUCCACAACCAGUCCCUUUGUCGUGGUUUUCCAUAACAAGCAUAUAAUAACUGUGAAAGAUACAUGAAUCAAAGACACACUGUGUUUCAGUAUAGUGAUGACACAAGAGAUCUCAUGAUGGUAGAUGUAAUCUGGUAGGCGGCAGUGCCCAGGUUAGGGAAAGGCAUUUGAUUCAAGCUCCUUGAUUGGCUACAGAAAAAUGAUCAAUUCAUUAUUCAACUACUGUUUCGAUGCACAGCAUAGUCAUUGUGGAGGUCUCCGGAUGUUGCUCAUGUUCACAAAACUGAUGCUGUUUAGUUUUGUUUAUCACAGCUUAACUUAGUUUAGUUUAAACCACCAAAUACAAACGGCAAUUUGGGAGAAGUUGGGAGAGUAUGUAUAAAACAAACAAAAACAGAACACAAUGAUUUGCAAAUCCUUUUCAACCAAUAUUCACCCCAAAAACAAGAUACUUCAUGUUUAAGUUGAUUAUACUUUUGUUAAAAAAAAGGUCAAGUUCUUCUUGCUUGAUCUGAAACUUAAGCUGCUUGUCAGUCGAGGGUGUCCGUUGUCAUAUUAUGUGCUUCACAAUGCACAUGUUCGAUUAGAAACAGGUGUGGACUGCUCUUUUACAAUGAAGACAUGAUGUUGUAACACAUGCAUAUCCUUGUUAAAAUAAGCAGGGCGGUCCCUGAAAUAGACUUUGCUAUUGCUUGCAGCAUAAGUUGCAAUUUCAGCAUUAUUGGUGCAUUCGCAGAUGUGCAAGUUAUCCAUGCCAUGGACACUAACCCCCCGAUCCAAAUGGUCCUCUUUGGAUAUGACAUCGAUGAUUUCCAAAACCAAGUGGAAAUGUGGACUUGUCAGACCAUAACAUAUCAUUUUCUACUGCUUGUUCGAGGUUGGGUCGCGGAGGCAGUAGUCUUAGCAGGGAAGCCCAGACUUCCCAGGGCCCUCCUGCCGGUGGGACAUGCCCGAAACACCUGACCAUGGUGGCAUCCAGGAGGAAUCCUAUUCAGAUGCCCGAGCCACCUCAUCUGGCUCCUCUCGAUGUGGAGGGGAGGCAGCUCCCCUCCCGGAUGAUCGAGCUUCUCGCCUUAUCUCUAAGGGAGAGCCCGGACACCCUGCUCAGGAAACUCGAGCUUUGUGUUUCAGCUCAGCUCCUUCUUCACCAUAACAUACCGAUACAGAGUCUGCUUGUUGAUCUCCUGCUCCCUCCUGCCCUCACUCGUGAACAAGACCCCAAGACACUUAAACUCCGACACUUGGGGCAAGAUCUCAUCCCCAACCCGGAGAGGGCACUCCACCCUUUUCCAACUGAGGACCAUUGUCUCAGAUUUGGAAGUGCUGAUUUUCAUCCCAACCGCUUCACACUUGGCUGUGAACUGCUCCAGUGAGAGUUGGGGAUCACGGCUUGAAGAAGCCUUCAGUUUCACAUCAUCUGCAAAAAGCAGAGAAUGCAAUAUUGAGGCCACCAAAGCGGACCCCCUCGUUGCCUUACCGUGCCUAGAAAUACUGUCCAUAAAGGUUCUGAACAGAAUCGGUGACAAAGGGCAGCCUUGGCAGAGUCCACCCCUCACUCGAUACAAAUCCGAUUUACUGCCAGCAAUGCGGUCCAAACUCUGACAUCGGUGAUACAGGGAUCGAACAGCCCGUAUCAGGGGGCUCGGUAUGCCAAACCCCGAGGGAGACAGUCGAGCACAUUCUCCAAGUCCACAAAACACAUGUAGACUGGUUGGGUAAACUCUCCUUUUCCACGGAUGGGAUGAAAACCACAUUGUUGUGGAGAUUCAACCUCCUGUUGGACCCUCCAUUUCAGUACCCCCGAAUACAUGUAACCAGAGAGGUUGAGGAGUGUGAUUCCGCUGCAGUUGGAACACACCCUCCGAUCCCACUUCUUGAAAAGAGGUACCACCACCCCGGUCUGCCAAUCCAUAUGAUGUUUUAGAGGCAUGUGAACCUGGAGAGCCUCACAACAUCCAGAGUCUUUAAGAACUCGGAUCUCAUCCACACCUGGGGCUUUGCCACCGAAGAGCUUUUUGACCACCUCAGUUACUUCAGCCUCAGAGAUAGGAGAACCCACAUCAGAGUCUCCAGGCUUUUUUCCCUCAUUGGAAAAUGUGUCGAUGGAAUUGAGGAGGUCUUCUAAGUAUUUUCCCCACUGACUCAUCAUGUCCCGAGUCAAGGUCAGCAGCGCCCCAUCUCCACUUUACGCAGCGUUAAUGGUGCACUGCUGCCUGAGGAACCAGAUGAUGGACCAGAAUUUCCUCAAAGCCUCAAAGCAUGUUUAUGUUGAACCUGUUCAACUGUGAAAUGCUCCAAACUUUUUUUUGUUUUUUUUUAACACUUUCCUAGACUUUUGUUAUCCCUGUCCUAGCUGUUUUGGAACGUGCUCAAGGCAUAAAAUUUUAAAUGAGAGAAUAUUUGCAAAACAGCGCUGGUUUGAACAUUAAAUAGAUUGUCUUUUUACAUAUUCUAUAAGUUGAAAAGGAUUUGCAAAUAGUUUUAUUUAUUUAUUUAGUUUUUAUUUACCUUUUUGCACAGCUCUCACAUUCAUUGAAAUUGGGGCUCAUAGUGGAGACUCAUUUAACAGCACCUCUGCAAGUGGCAACAAAAUAGUUCACUACAACUUCCCUUAAUUCUUUGAAGGCACAAUAAAUCAAGUCCACACAACCAACUGAUUUCUUGUUGAACAAUCACUGAUUAUUCCCAUUCCAAGGACCAGAUACGUAUUCUAUUCAAUACCGACUAUCUCAGAAUAACACCUCAAAGUCAUCCUUUGAUUGAUAAUAGUGGCGUAUGGUAAAAUUCAGGUAGGCAACCAAAUUGGUAAUAGCGGCGCUAAACUCAAAUUGUUAAUAGAAAUAUAGUAUAAACGUUGACAUUUGUUCCAUUUAAGCAAGGAUUUUUUUUUCAGAAACGGAAGCAUCUUUAUUUACUCAUGCAGUUAAAUUUGCUAUAUUCUGACAGAGAUAAAAGUUAUACAUUAUUUGGUUGAGGGAAAUACUGUGUACAUAUCAUUUAUGGUAAUUUAAUUCAAACUUCAAAUCAGUUUAUUUAAAUGGCAAAAGCUGUUUCAUUAGAAAGGUUCGUGCAUUCCCAUUUUAAAAAUGAUUUGGUCUCUCGCGAAAACUGCUGCCAUAUCCCUGUCAUUUGUUAAAUAAGAUUUUAUUUGCUUUUAUGAUACCGACCUGUUCUCAUUUUUUUCUGUUUAAUUUCCAACCAAAUAGUUUGUCGUCGUUGCUGUUGUUGUUUUGGUAAGUGUACAUCCUUUCAGUUAGUCUUUGUACAUUAUUUCACAAACCUUUUUAUGUGCCCUUCUUUUCAAAAUGGAUGGGAAGUUUUUCCGAAUGGUCAACGGAAAGUGGUGUGUUUCUGUAUUUUACUUCUGUGAGCGUUACUUUCCUGUAAAAGUGCUGCAUGGUGAUCGGUAUUCACUUUUCCAAAUGAUCUUGCUCCAUGAUGUGAAGUUACCGAUUUGUUUUUGUCGAGCUUCUGACACUAGGCAAAGUGCAUAGAUAACAAGAACAUUAGAAUAAAGGUGAAUUGCCAAAAUAA